ACAAAAAUGGGCUGGGAAAGAUCAACAGAAAAUUACCCCAGAAUUUGGUCAGAGUUUACUUGCGAGAAAACGAAGCAGAAAUUCAUAAUAAAGGACCUCUCAGAAAAAUAUUACGACAUAGCGCUUGGGUACAUGACGAAUAUAUUCCUUAACGAAUCUGCUAUAUGCAAACCUUUAAAAAUUCUAGAGGACCCUGUAUCCCGUCUUCAGAUGCAACAAAAAUGGAUGAAGAUCAUGCGAUCCAACAUGGCGCUCAUCUGUUGCACUGUCGACGAUGUGGUCCCAAGGGUCGCAGCCAUACAUUUCACGGUUGUACGGGAAAAAGGACAAGAACAGCCUAAGAAGGACCCUUCAACGUUGAGCAAAUACGAGCAAUUUACUGAAGUGGUGGAGGAACUAACGACGGCAGGGGACCUGUUCACCAGCUUCAAUUCCGACGUGUACCUGUUUUCACUGGGACUGUUAGUGUUACCGGAGUUCCGAGGGCUUGGGAUUGCUACAUACUUACUGAAAUCUAGGUUAACAAUGUGUCGGGCGCUAGGGCUCCUCGGGACAGGGAACGUGUUCUCGACCCCGGGCGCGCAUGCCGCGGCGCGCUCCGCCGGCUACCGAGAGGUCGCCGCGCGAGUCUACGAGGGGCAGAGACUCGCUUUGAUGGCUGCCGAUGUGCUGUGAUG